UUCCUUCCCUUCGCUAAUGGGGGCUCUAAGGGAAGUGACAUUAGAACCUGUUAUGAUGAUAGACGGGGCAUGCAACCAAGCUAUGAUGUUGCUGGCGGAGAACGUUCAAAUGAACAAAAUUUGCACGGUGAACUUGAACAUAUCUAAAGAGAUCUGCUCGAACCUCACAUCCCACCACGAGGAAAAUAUUCUUGUUCAAAGGGAGCUCAGCAUCUUCGCGUUCUACAACAGCAUAAUCAUGUCUGCCAUUCCCUUCCUUAUGGUUCUGUUCAUGGGUGCUUGGAGUGACAGAUACGGGAGAAAGAUCCCUUUACUCCUGACCUUCACCGGCCAUCUCUUCCACGCGAGCGGGUAUCUCCUGAACAACUGGCAGAGCGCGUGGCCCGUUGAGGUCAUCUACCUCGUGACCUUCCUGGAGGCACUCGGGGGAGGCUACAUGUGCCUGCUUUCCACCGCCACCAGCUACGUCAGCGACAUCUGCUCGGAGGAGAACCGCACGUCCAGGGUCAGCACAGCAACCUCGUUCUGGUACCUGGGAGGGCCUCUUGGCACCUUGCUGAGCGCCGUCGUCCUGAGGCACAGCGGCUACGACCUGGCACUCGGCCUCGUCUUCACGGCGUACGUCUCGGCCAUCUGCUACAUCCUGAUAUUCAUCGGAGAAAGCCACGGCCCCUUCGCCCAAGAGCCGACCGGGGUCAAAGGUCGGAGUUCAGACGAGAGCCAAGGCGCCGAGAGAGAAGAGGUCGCGACUCGCAAGAUGCUGACGGACUUCUUCAACUGGCGGCGACUGUUCGAGAGUUUCAAGACGGCUUUUCGAAAGCGCGAGGGAAACGCCAGAGCCAUCUUGGUCGUCGUCAUCGUCUGCAAUAUGCUGUGGAGGAUGUCGAGAGGCUUCUAUGUGUACUUGUUUGUAAGAAGAACACUACAAUGGGAUGCUACGGAUUUUGGGUAUUACCUCACAUACCGCAACCUGAUCGCUGCAGCAGGCUCCCUGUUCCUGGUGCCUCUGCUGACCCGCCUCGUGUCCCUCCGCGACUCGCUCCUGGUGGUCCUCGGCUCCGCGUCCAUCGUGGGCGAGUACGGCUGCUACGGCUUCGUCUCCAACGCCCGCCAGGGAGCGCUCAUGUGGCUCGGUCCCGCCCGUCGGGGUCCUGUCCAACGGCAGCGUCAUCGCCUUCCGCUCCAUGUCGACCAAGCUGGUUGACGCGGAGGAGAAGGGUCGCAUCAGCGCGGUCCUGGCUGCCCUCUACGGCCUGAUGCCCAUGGCCGGGUAUGCCGCCUAUGCCCCCGAUUUACUACAGAACUGUGGAGGCUUUCCCGGCAGCGCAGUUCUUCUUCGCCGCCGGAGUCAAUGUGCUGAUCAUGGUGUGCUUCGUCGCGAUCCAGUUCAUCUUCACAGCCAAAGUUGCCAAAGAAGCGGUUGAACUUGAAGGAAAUUCGAAAAAAGCUGAAAGUUCUGACAUGAAAGCUUCCACGGUUACUCUGUCAAGCACCGUAGGAGGAAGCGAGUCCCUGAACAGAGUUGAGUUAUCAUAGAAAACGGAUGUUGAUUUAGCAUGGACUGUAGGAAAUUUAUGAUGUUCAAUGUUUUUCGAAGUUUUCCUUCUUAUUUUGUAUUUUGUUGUAUUUGCUGUUAUGUGUCAUUGAUUUCAUUAUUAGUGGUGUAUAGAAUGAUUAUGAAUUAUAUUGA